UGUUUUUGCUCUUUUGCAGAGGAAGAGGAUGAAGGUGAUGAUGAUGAGGAGGAGGAGGAGGAGGAAGAAGAAGAAGAGGACGAACAGGAGGAAGAGGAGGAAAUCGACGUGGUCACCGUGGAAAAGAGGCAGGUGGUGAAACGGUGCGACUCCAGCCCGCUGGAGACCAGGCACCCCAGCCCACUCGUGCUGAAGAGGUGCCACGUCUCCACCCACCAGCAUAAUUACGCCGCCCAUCCAUCCAUGAGGCACGAGCAGCCGGCUGUCAAGAGGCUGAAGCUGGAGAGCAGCGGUGGAGGUGCCAGCAGCCACAGCCACAGCAGGGUCCUCAAACAGAUCAGCAGCAACCGCAAGUGUUCCAGCCCACGAACGUCGGACACGGAGGACUACGACAAGAGAAGGACUCAUAACGUGCUGGAGCGCCAAAGGAGGAACGAGCUGAAGCUGAGCUUCUUCGCUCUGCGGGACGAGAUCCCCGAGGUGGCCAACAACGAGAAGGCGGCCAAGGUGGUCAUCCUGAAGAAGGCCACGGAGUGCAUCUACAGCAUGCAGACGGACGAACAGAGACUCCUCUCUCUGAAAGAGCAGCUGAGGAGGAGAAGCGAACAGUUAAAGCAGAGACUCGCACACCUGCAGGGUUGCCGUGCUUAAACUUUGAAUCAUAAACUUUUUUUUUUUCUCAAAAUAAAAGUUCAUUACUUGGGGGUUGGGGGGGUUGGGUGUGUACAGUUGUUGCUGCAUGCAGAUGCAAAACGGAUUAAGUUGUUUUGGAAUCUGGUUUAAUUACAAUGUAAGAAGAAGAAAAAAAAAAACUGCCUCAUCUGAUGAAGAUAUUUAAAAGUUUUAUUUUAUUAAUAAAAUGUUUAAAAAUGUGGCUCACACUGUUGAAGGCCUGAACUUAAAAUAUGGAUUUUUAUGUUGGUUUUUUUUGUACAUAAUUAAUAUUUCCUAAGAAAAUGUAUUUUUGGAUUUCGAUUGUCUGGAUGUUCAGACCCACUGUUUUUGUUUUUUUUCAUUAUGUUCAUAGAUUCUUUUUCAAAUAUAAAACAAAAACCUG